AUGGAUGUAAUGUUGUUUGUCGAUCUCAUUGGGUGGCGUCGACCGCGUCUCGUCGGGCCGUUUUUCACACCUCUUUGUACGCUCUUUGUCUCUUUGUCCGUUCUGCCAAAUGACCAAACCAAUCGCAUGAACAUGCUCCUGGCACUGCUCGUGGUCUCGACAUUCUUGGCCAAGUCCCAGGCUUCAACCGGAUCUAAUCAGUGAGUUUUUUUUAUUCAAAUAUAAUUUAUGUUUUAUCAGAAUAAAUUGAAAAUAUGCUAUGAACCAAACUUAGAUAUUGGACUGGCUAAGACCGCAUAAUAGUCUUUAUUUUUGAAAAAAACGAUAAUAUGUGGUAGAAACUUUGAGAACGCAUUUAAAGAGAAUUAAAAAAAUAAAACUUUCAGGCAGGGACUUCAAUUUUUCGAGUAAUGGACAAAUCUGAAAAAAAAAUUUUUUUUUCAGGCAGAGAAAUAUAAUCCUAAUAAUAACUGACGAUCAAGAUGUCGAGCUUGGAUCUAUGCAAUUUAUGCCCAAAACCUUAAAACUCAUCAAAGAAAAAGGCGUCGAAUUCACUUCUGGGUACAUAAAAGCGACAAUUCAUUCAAUAUGUUGUUUUUUUCAGAUAUGUAACAACCCCAAUAUGUUGUCCGAGCAGGUCGAGUAUUUUGACAGGAUUGUACGUUCAUAAUCAUAAUAUCCAUACGAACAACCAGAAUUGCUCAGGGCCUGAAUGGAGGUAGAGAAAACAAAUUUAUUCAUUCAUGUAUUUGUUUCAGGAGAUAUUUUGAGAAAAAGACGUUUGGGGUGUACCUUCAAAAUGCUGGAUAUCGAACAGCCUACAUGGGGAAGUAUCUCAACGAAUAUGAUGGGUUUCUUAUUCAAAAAAAGAAAAUAGUUUCAAAUUGUGAUCCUGCAGAUCUUAUAUUCCACCUGGCUGGAACGAAUGGCUUGCAAUAGUGAAAAAUAGCAAAUUCUACAACUAUACAGUCAAUGAAAACGGGCAAAAAGACAAGUACGGGUUUUUGUACGAAAAGGUAAGAUAAAUAAUUGUGAAGAGUUGGAAAGUCAUCAUUUCAGGACUAUUUCACAGAUUUAGUGACGAACAAGUCUUUGGACUUUGUGAGAGACCAUUUCGAAUCCAAACCGUGGCAGCCGUUUGCACUGGUCGUUUCUUAUCCAGCACCUCACGGUCCUGAAGAUCCUGCUCCGCAACAUUCUCAUCUUUUUGAGAAUGUUUUCACUCACAGGUUCGUAUCAAAAUUUAUUGAAUGAUUAAGCCUACUGACCUGGACGAUCUUAGGAACUCCAGAGUGCUCCCUAUAGAGGAAACCUUAGGGGCCCUUGGAGAGUUCCCUCUAGGGACCGCUUUACCAACCCCUAUAGGGGCCACUAAAGCUUGCAAGAGGGGUCUUUAUAGGGUUUUAGUUCAUGGCCAUUAUAGUGGUCAUGCUCGUCGGUAAUUGUUAUAAACUCAAUGCGAAGAAGCAUGCAAAAAACUUAAUAAAUAAGAGUUUUUUGAAUAAAGUUGAAAGACCCCUAUAGAGGCCACUUGAGCUUUAGGGGCUAAGGGAUCAGAUCCUGAACCCUAUUGGGAUCACCUUAAUUUUAUCCCUAUAGGGACCACUUUUUCGGCCCCUAUAUUUCAAAGAACUAGACCAUCUUCCAAUUUUUCUAUAUGCUUCAAAAAAAACUCCAUUUGACAAUAAAGAAGAUUUUUUGAAAAGUCAUGAUUUUCUUAUUAGAAAAAUGAACUUGGAAACAAAGUUUUCAGACCCUUUCUUUUGGAGAUUUCACUAAAACUAUCAUACUCACGAAACCUUCUGACAAGCUAUAUAAGCCUCGAAAUGCGCAAAUUUAAGAACGGACUCAUGGAACCAUGCUCCGAAUCCCGACAAGCAAUGGCUUCUCCAGAGAACUGGAAAAAUGUCUCCGGUACACAUCGCCUUUACGGACAUGCUGCAUCGGAGAAGGCUCCAGACGCUGCAGAGCGUUGAUGAAGGCGUUUACAGAGUCAGUUUCAUCUUUUAAAUGAUAAUGGUAUUAAAAGAAACCACAGUUUUAAUCUAACCGAUUUUCUUGUUUUCAAAUUUCAUCGUGCUCCAAAAUUGAAAAAACCGAAGGCUGAGCAGAGACUAUUUAAAAUCCGUGGCAGAAUUUUUCGAAAGUUAAGGUUAUUCAGUAUAGUUCAUUCAUGGCUAGCUUGGGACGUAAAAAAACGUGGCCUGUCUGCGCUCUCCUCUAUCCAGGCACUGUCUAUUUUCUCAUCGUGUCAAGACCCAUUUAUCGAUAGCUUAAGCCUACCGUGAACCAGCUUUAUUUAACCUCCAUUCCGCUUUAAAUUCCGAUUUUCAAAAAAACUCUUGUAGAUAUUCGGUUUGUUGCGUGAAAUGAAUCAGUUGUCCAACACCUAUGUGAUGUAUACAUCGGACCACGGUUAUCAUCUCGGACAAUUCGGACUUCUCAAAGGCAAAAACAUGCCCUACGAGUUUGACGUCCGAGUACCUUAUUAUUUACGUGGGCCGGGAGUACCUAGAAACGAGACGUGAGCCAUUUCGAGUUUUCACAGUUGGAAAACUAUGAUUUGAGUGAAGAUGUGAAGAAAUCGUGACCAAUCUGGAUAUUGGUCCUACUUUGCUGGACAUUGCUGGAUUGCGAGUUCCGAGGAAAAUGAACGGGAGAAGCAUCUUGGAGCUUUUGAAGAUCAAAAAAGGUCUGACCCCAUUUUCAGAAAAAAAAAUUCCUUUUAAUUAGGCGGUCGGAAAGCGAAGAUGAUAGCUCCUUGGCGGGAUACCAUUCUGAUCGAAAGAGGGUUGGUUUUGUGACUUCAGUCCCUUUUUAUCCUUUAUUUCAGCAAAAUGCCAAAACUCAAGAACAUUGCGGAUCGAUGGAAGAAGCAAAAAUCAAAGUUCAAUAAAGAACUCCGAUUGUCGAGAGAAUGUCGAAAAAGGAAAUGGCAGAGAGACUGUGUGGAUGGCCAGGUUUGAGUUUUCAUAUUUUUGCAAAGGAAAUUUUUCGUAAUACAGCUUUGGAAGUGCUAUAAAACGGACGACGAGAAAUGGAGGAUAUACAAAUGUCGUGAAAACUGGAACCUGAACUGUCCCUGUGAACGAUCAUUUGAAAGAAUGAAGAGGGGUAGUUAUAACUUCAGCAGAACUUUUCGAAAACAUGAAAAAUUUCAGAACUUGACGAUGAAGAUGAGUUUCUGAUGAACGCUGCGGAAGAAGAACUUCAAGAAGAUUCAUUUUGGUCCCAAGGCGGUUGGCAAGAAUCUGACGAAACCUUUGUGAGUUUAUUUUAAAUCUGAGAAAGAUCAUUUGCUAUUUUUCAAGGAAUAUAACGACCACCAAGUGAAAAAGCGACACAUCGAGAGUAAAUGCGACUGCUUAAAAAAUUCGACUCACCCAAUGUAAAUGCACUUUUUUUCAAUUUCUGAAAGUUUUAAUUUCAGAAAAUAUCGGUUUCUGAAACGAGGUAGGAAGCUUGAUUUCAUGAAGAUACCUAAAAAGUUGGUGAAGUGUCUGAAUUUAUUUCCCAAGCAAACAGUUUAGAAACAUCGGGAAUAGCAGAAAGAAUUGUUCAUUGCCUCAAAUGAACUGCUUCAUCCAUUCUCCGUUCCACUGGAGGACGCCUCCACUGUGGCCAGUCGAGUUUGGAGAGUUCUGUUUCUGUCAAAACUGUAACAAGUGAAUUUUUCGCUUCGAAAUAGUAUACAACUCCAUUUUUCAGCAACACCUACUGGUGUCUUAGGACAAAAAACGCCACGGAUAAUUUUUUGUAUUGCGAGUUCGUGACAGGAUUCAUCAGUUAUUACGAUAUGAACGUCGAUCCUCAUCAGGUGAGCUUUAUACUCCUAAAGACUCAGUAAGGAAGUCAUUCAGAUGUACAACAUCGUCUACACUCUCGACGUCGUAGUUUUGGAAAAUUUGAGUGAACAGUUGCGUCGUCUUCGAAAGUGCAAAUCAGACAACUGCGAUAAGUUGGGGCUUCCAUCAUGGAGAUCUUUCAAGACUAGCCCUUCCCGUACUAGGAAAAAAUCCUAA